AAGGAUCAAUGACUUUUUCCGAGGCUAAAUUUAUGUUCAUCCUUCGUGUUGAUGAGGUGGCCCAAAGAUGGAUGAGUGCUUUCUUUUGAUUACUGCAGAGAUUGUCACAGUGUAAGCCUAAGCACUAGACUCUAAAACUCCAAAAGAAAAGAGAGAGAGACUAGAGUUAAGAGAGAUUAUAAUAUGACUCAAGAGAAAAGCAGUUUUUGGGGAUUUGGCAACGUCGAUUCAGGUUCUAAGAUAGAUAGAGAGACAGAGCAACAACAACAAUAACAACAAGAAGGACACCAACAAUAACAACAACAACAAGACCCGGAAGAAAGAGCUUCACGAAGAAAAUACAAAACAAAGCGGUUUUGGGUUUUGCUUUACUUCUGAGAAUAGCGGUUUUUUGGAGCUGAGAAGACAAAGCCAAAGAGGUUUCGUAACUGAAACAGAGAGACCCAGAUAGCACAAGCUAUUAAAAAUCACAGCCGUUACAGAGCCAAAGAAAAACAAAUAAAAAAAAAAAAAAACCGAAAAAAAGAAAUAGUACGGCUGCUGCUGAUAAUUAUGAUUGCUUGCAUAACCGUCCUGUCUGUUUAGCCUUUAUUUAUUUCAAAUUUUUUUUUUCUUUUGUCUUCUGGGUCUUCUUGUUCGUAAAUGGGGUAGGCUAUUAUGUCCAACAGUGCGUGAAUAGGCUGGUUUUACUGCUCGAGCUUUUUGCUUUGUUUCAGUAGCUUUUAGUUUGUCCUGGUACGACACUCUCUUUGUGGAGUUGUUGGGGUUUGAAUGGCGCAUCGCGAGGGUUGUUCGACGACUUCUAAUGCGGAAACAGGUUUCAAAGGUGAUGAUCUAUAUGUAGAGCUAUGGAAGGCAUGCGCAGGACCUCUGGUGGAGGUACCUCGGCCAGGCGAGAGAGUUUUCUACUUUCCUCAGGGUCACAUGGAGCAGUUGGAAGCAUCAACAAAUCAAGAGUUGAAUCAGCAAAUCCCUCUUUUCAAUCUUCCUUCUAAGAUCCUUUGUCGUGUGCUCAACAUUCAUUUCCUGGCAGAACAAGAAACAGAUGAAGUUUAUGCUCAGAUCACUUUGCUCCCGGAAGGAGAUCAAAAUGAGCCAACGAGGCCUGACCCAUGCCCACCUGAGACAACAAGGCCUACAGUACAUUCGUUUUGCAAGAUUUUAACAGCUUCUGAUACAAGCACCCAUGGGGGCUUCUCCGUACUUCGGAAGCAUGCUACUGAAUGCUUGCCUCCGUUGGACAUGACACAAGCAACCCCAACUCAGGAAUUGGUUGCCAAAGAUCUUCAUGGUUAUGAGUGGAAAUUUAAACAUAUUUUCAGAGGGCAACCUAGGAGGCAUUUGCUUACUACGGGAUGGAGUACAUUUGUCACUUCCAAGAGAUUGGUAGCUGGGGAUGCUUUUGUAUUUUUAAGGGGUGAUAAUGGAGAGCUACGAGUUGGUGUUCGUCGUCUUGCUCGUCAACAGAGUCCAUUGCCAUCAUCUGUGAUAUCAAGCCAUAGCAUGCAUCUUGGAGUGCUUGCAACUGCUUCUCAUGCUGUUCUGACCCAAAGUCCUUUUAUUGUUUAUUACAAGCCGAGGACUAGCCAGUUCAUUAUUGGUCUAAACAAAUAUCUUGAGGCCAUGAACAAUAAAUUUUCAGUUGGUAUGCGCUUUAAGAUGAGGUUUGAGGGAGAAGACUCACCAGAGAGAAGGUUCACGGGAACUAUUGUGGGCGUUGGAGAUGUGUCUUCUCAAUGGUCAGACUCUAGAUGGCGGUCUUUGAAGGUUCAAUGGGAUGAACAUGCAACAAUUCAAAGGCCCGACAAGGUUUCUCCUUGGGAGGUAGAGCCUUUUGUAGCUUCUGCUUCAUUAAACCUACCUCAACCAGUGGCAAAAACCAAAAGGCCUCGUCCUGUGGAAAUUCCUUCAUCUGAAAUUACUACCAAUUCAGCUGCUUCAGCUAUUUGGUAUCAUGGAUCAACCCAGUCUGCAGAUUUAACCCAGCUAGGAAGUGUUACUGAAGUACAAAGCACUGAUAGCCAAGUUGUCUGGCCUAUGCGGCAGAAAGAUAUCAGUAGCAGCAACUACUAUAGCUCAAUGGUGCGGUCAGAAUGCGUCUGGCCUUCUUCUCCACGUGCGAAUAUUUCUUUAAACCUUUUUCCGGACUCAACAGAAGAGAACAAAACUGUUUCUACAAGGUCUUUGCUCUCUGGUAAUGCAUCUCCGGUUUUGUCAAGGCCAAUGUAUGGACCAACACAUGACAAGGAGGAAAAAGGGACACAAUCCGAGGCUUCUGUAGGUUGUUGGCUGUUUGGAAUUAAUCUGACGGGCAACAGUUCUCCUUCCUCUCCUCCUGAGAGAGAGCACAUGUCCUCGGUUAUGGUGUGCUCCAGUGCCAAGGGAUCUACUACAGUUGCUGCAUCUGAAGCUGAUAAAGCCCAGAAUCAGGAUGUUUCAAAGCUUUCAAUGGAACAGAAGCAAGUGAUAUCAGAGCUAACACCAAAGGAGUUCCAACCCAAGAACAGCAUGGUGUUCUCUUCAAGAACUCGUACCAAGGUGCAAAUGCAAGGGGUAGCUGUUGGCCGUGCCGUGGACCUGAACACAUUGAAAGGGUAUGAUGAUCUCAUAGAUGAACUAGAGAAAAUGUUUGAAAUCAAAGGGGAGCUUCGUCCACCGAACAAAUGGGCCAUUGUUUUUACAGAUGAUGAAAACGACAUGAUGCUUGUGGGUGAUGAUCCAUGGAUAGAGUUCUGUAAGAUGGUGAAAAAGAUCUUCAUAUUUUCAAGUGAAGAAGUGAAGAAAAUGAGUACGUUCAAGCUUCUUGCAUCAUCAUUGGAGUGUGAAGGAACAGUAGUAAGCUUGGAUUCGGAGCAUAGAGCUGAAACUUGAUAAGUUGGGGUUCCCCCCUAAUUUAAGUUACAUGAUUUCAAAUCUUUUGCCCUUUUUUUUUAUUUUUAUUUUUUUUUUAUUUGGUUGUUGGGGAACGGUUUGCUCAUAUUUUUGGAGCUUACGUAAGGAAAAAGGCAGAAGAUAGCUUAGAGUUGGGUUUUGAUGGAAGGGUUAGGCUUGUCCUUCUAGUUAAAAAAAAGUAGAGCUCUGCUUAAAAUCAGGGUUAGACAUGCAAUUUGUGAAUACCUUCCUUGUUGCGUGGUUUGGUUUACAUCGAUCAGCGUGUAAAAUACAUCUAUAUUUGCAUUUUGAAUGUCAGUUUAGUUUUUGGGUC